CAUAUGUCAGGUAAGUGCUCAACAUAUAUACUACCGUGCAUGGCUGCUAAUACACGAGAUUACCAGCGGUAUGAAAGAAGAGCUCGGCAUGUACGGCGACCAGCUCAACUACAUCACGGCAACCUUUUGGGCGUCAUAUUGCACCUUCAUGAUUCCAGCGUGCUACUUCCUGACGCACUAUCCCGCCAAUAGGGUCCUCCCGGCUCUGGAAAUUGGAUGGGGAUUAUCUACCUUUGGUCUGGCUUGGGCUAAGAACGUCGAGACGCUAUAUGCUAUGCGAUUUUUCACCGGUCUCUUCGAAUGCUGUUCCUUUACUGGAACGAUCUACGUUAUCGGUUCUUGGUAUAAGCCAGGGGAGAUUGGGCGACGCGUCGCUCUUUUCUUCAUAGCGAGUCCGCUCGGGACAAUGUUUGCUGGGUAUUUGCAGGCUGCGGCUUAUACUAAUCUGAACCAAGUACACGGCCUGGCCGGCUGGAGAUGGCUCUUUAUCGUCGAUACGAUCAUUACGCUUGCCAUAUCAGUAUUCGGCUUCUUCGUCUUUCCCGACGUACCGACUAGGAAGAAGCCUCGUUUCAUCACGACCGAAGAGCACGCUCUUGCACGUAAACGCAUCCAAGGACUUGUAGCUCCGCCGCAGCUACAACUAUCCCGAGAUAUAUUCAAGCGGGUGUUUUCUCGUUGGCACUGGUACCUCUUCGUGGUCCAAUGGACAUUGAUGGAUCAAAACUUUCUCCCUGGAAGUCAACCCUUCUCUCUGUAUCUGAAAGCAAAGAGUAACAUAUACUCGGUCGUUCAGAUUAAUACGAUACCUACCAUCGUUACGGCAGUGAGCAUCGUCGUCGCGCUGUUCAGUGGUGUCGUUGCAGAUAAGACCGGGCGGUUUUGGAUUCCCGCCAUCGCCGUGACUUUUCCGGUUCUUGUUGGUAUGGCAUUGCUUGUUGCUUGGGACGUUGGCGAGAGCGGCCGUUUAGCUGGGUUCAUACUCACCGGAUUCGAGGCAGGUAAGUUAUCGCGCCAAUGACCCGCCUCUCCCUUUUUUUCUUUUCUUUCGUUAAUAGCUUGAGAUGAUUAUACUAACCGCUUCCUAGCUUGCUCACCCCUGACCAUGGGUUGGGCAUCAGUGGUUAUGGCUGGAGACGCGGAGGAACGUGCUGUAGUAACAGCCAGCAUGAACGCCAUCGGCCAAGCUAUUACGGCUGGGACACAAGUGGUACAAUUUCCAGCAAGCGGCGCGCCUAAUUUUCGUGGCGGAUUCAUCAGUGUUCUAGCAACUACUGUAGCACAACUUGGCACCAUCCUCGCCAUCCUAUUCUUGAGUCAUAGGGAAUACAAAGACAAACAGAAACACAUAGAUACGUUAUCCGAGCCGGAGGUGGUGGUGGGGGAUGCUGAGUUGGACAAGACGUUGGACAAGACGUUGGAAACUGAUCGUUGAUGUACUUUUGUGUAUUAUAGAUGCUUGCUAGCUGAGUUAAUAUCCGCCUCGUGAGUUGUUGUUCGUGAUACUAAGUAUGUGUAUGUAGG